AUUUUUGAACAAAUUUUGCGUUUAAUCUUACGUUCAAGUUUUCCAACCAACUUUAUGUCCAAUUUUACGUACAAUUUUGAGAGAAAGUUUGUUUGAUGGAUUGGAUGUAGGAUUGUUAGCGUGGGACACAAUGUUUGCGUGUGAAAAGGAUGUUGUGGUGUCGCCAGGCCGCGUGGUGAACAUGUCCAGCUCCGACGCCCGCAUGGGGGACGUCAUGCGCUCGCCCGACUGCGUGUCCAAAUACGGCGUGGAGGCCUUCUCCGACUGCCUGCGCCACGAGAUGAAGCCCUGGGGGGUCAAAGUGUCGCUGGUGGAGCCGGGGAACUUCACCGCCGCCACGGGACUUCUCACCCGCCACGCCGCGCCCGACAAGCUGUGGGCCGAGGCGCCGGCGGGCGUGCGGGAAGACUACGGCAGAGUCCACUUCCAGCGGCGGGCGGCGCCGGUGCGCUCUUUCCGCGGCGGCGGGCGGACGGACGUGGGUCCUGUGGUGCAGGACGUUGUGGACGCCAUCAGGUCCAAGCGUCCUUACACCCGCUACAACCCCAUGGAGCCUCGCUGCUGGCUGCGCAUGCAGCUGAUGACACAUCUUCCUGCCGCCCUCUCAGACCUGCUCUACUUUUAAACCCUCUUUCACUUUCUAUCCUCACAUAUUUCACAUGAAUAACAAUCAUAAUGUAGAGCAUUCGUAUGCGUUCAAUGUUGACACUGCAGUGAUUUAACACUAAACACCACCAGAGGGCGCCAUUGGAUCAUGUUUGAUUUACUCUACUUGUACGUCGACAUUUUCAAAAAUAAAUCAAAAAAUGUUUGAAAAAAUAUGAUUACUGCAACCAAGGUGGUGAAUUGAUCCUUCGAUUAUUUUUCCAUCCAUACAAAUUUUAAAAAUUAUUAAUAAAAAACGACUAGUUAAAAUAUCGUUUUAAAAAAAUUGAAAAAAUAAAAAAACGACUUGUUAAAAUGUCGUUUUAAAAUAAUAAAAUAUGAAAAAAGGUAGCGUGUUUUGUGUUAAAAAGCAAUAAGUAAUUGUAAAAGACGAUUUGAUUUUCAUUUUAUAUUUCAUGAAAGAAAAUUUAAAGUCUCCAUUGAACGGAAACGGAAAGACAUUCUAAAACCGGAAGUUGUGUUUUCAAAGUAAGAGCGGGGAUAAUACGGUACCCUAAAAUGUAUUGUAGCUCUACACAGAAAUUAUUUUGAACAUUAGACGGUGACGAGAUGUUUUAUGUGAUAUAAUACUGUAGAUUGGUGCAAAAAUAAUUUAUUAAUAAUAAUAAUAAUAAUACAGAAGUAGAGCGCUCGUAUGUAUUCAAUGUUGACACUGCAGCGUUUGAAAUGAGCCCAAAAUGGAGGUUUUAGGUCAACUGUAACACCAAACACCACCAGGGGGCGCCCUCAGAUCAUGUUUGAUUUACUCUACUAUUUAAUCUACAUUUUCAAAAAUAAAUCCAAAAAUGUUUGACAAAAUAUGAUUACUGCAACCAAGGUGAUGAAUUGGUCUUUCGAUUUUUUCAUUGUCUAUCCAAAUUAAAAAAUAAUAAUAAUAAAAAACGACUAGUUAAAAUAUCGUUUAAAACGAUAUUUUAAAAAAAAAUGGAAAAAAUAAAAAACGACUUGUUAAAAUGUCGUUUUAAAAUACGAAAAUUUUUUUUUUAAAAAGGAAGCGUGUUUUGUGUUAAAAAGCAAUUGACUAAUUCUAAAAGAAGAUUUGAUUUUCAUUUUAUAUUUCCUGAAAGAAAAUUUAAAGUCUCCGUUGAACGGAAACGGAAAGACAUUCUAAAACCGGAAGUUGUGUUUUCAAAGUAAGAGCGGGGAUAAUGCGCUACCCUAAAAUGUAUUGUAGCUCUACACAGAAAUUAUUUUAGACAUUACACGACGAGGAGAUGUUUUAUGUGAUAUAAUACUGUAGAUUGGUGCAAAAAUAAUUUAAUAAUAAUAUAGUAGAUUUUAUAAAGUUAAAAAAUACUGAUACUGCGACCAAAGGGGUGAAUUGGUCUUUAGAUUAAUGGAUGGAUGUUCAUCCAUCCAUUUUCUACCGCUUAUUCUCUUUUGGGGUCGCUGGCGCCUACCUCAGCAACAAUCAGGCGGAAGGCAGUAUGAAAAAUGAAAAAAAUUUAAUCAAAACGAUUAGUUAAAAUGUCGUUUUAAAAUACGAAACAUAAAAAUGAAAAAAAUAUGCCUGUUUUUGUGUUAAAAAGCAAUAACUAAUUCUAAAAGACGAUUUUCAUUUUAUAUUUCAUGAAAGAAAAAAUGAAAAUCUCCAUUGAACGGAAACGGAAACACAUUCUAAAGCCGGAAGUUGUAUUUUCAAAGUAAUAGCGUGUAUAAAACGGUACCCUAAAAUGUCUCGUAGCUCGACACAGAAAUUAUUUUAGACAUUACCCGACGAAGAGAUGUUUUAUGUGAUAUAAUACUGUAUAUUGGUGCAAAAAUAAUUUAUUGAUAAUAAUAAUACAGAAGUGAGCGCUCGUGUGAAUUCAAUGUUGACACUGCAGCGUUUGAAAUUAGCCCAAAAUGGAGGUUUUAGGUCAACUGUAACACCAAACACCACCAGGGGGCGCCCUUGGAUCAUGUUUGAUUUACUCUACUUGUACAUCGACAUUUUCAAAAAUAAAUCCAAAAAUGUUUGACAAAAUAUGAUUACUGCAACCAAGGUGAUGAAUUGGUCUUUCGAUUUUUUUCCAUGUAUACGAAUUUAAAAAAAAUAAUAAUAAAAAAUGACUAGUUAAAAUAUCGUUUAAAACGAUAUUUUAAAAAAAAAUGGAAAAAAUAAAAAACGACUUGUUAAAAUGUCGUUUUAAAGUACGAAAUUUUUUUAAAAAAAAGAAUCGUGUUUUGUGUUAAAAAGCAAAUAACUAAUUCUAAAAGACGAUUUGAUUUUCAUUUUAUAUUUCAUGAAAGAAAAUUUAAAGUCGCCAUUGAACGGAAACGGAAAGACGUUCUAAAACCGGAAGUUGUGUUUUCAAAGUAAGAGCGGGAAUAAUACGGUACCCUAAAAUGUAUUGUAGCUCUACACAGAAAUUAUUUUGAACAUUAGACAUUAGUGACGAGAUGUUUUAUGUGAUAUAAUACUGUAGAUUGGUGCAAAAAUAAUUUAAUAAUAAUAAUAAUAACACAGUUGAUUUUAAAAAGUUAAAAAAUACUGAUACUGCGACCAAAGGGGUGAAUUGGUCUUUAGAUUUUUUUUUUCAUGUUCAUCCAUCCAUUCUCUACCGCUUAUUCUCUUUUAGGGUCGCUGGCGCCUACCUCAGCAACAAUCAGGCGGAAGGCAGUAUGAAAAAUGAAAAAAAUUAAAUCAAAACGAUUAGUUAAAAUGUCGUUUUAAAAUACGAAACAUAAAAAUGAAAAAAAUAUGCGUGUUUUUGUGUUAAAAAGCAAUAACUAAUUCGAAAAUACGAUUUGAUUUUCAUUUCAUAUUUCAUGAAAGAAAAAUGAAAGUCUCCAUUGAACGGAAACGGAAAGACAUUCUAAAACCGGAAGUUGUAUUUUCAAAGUAAUAGCGUGUAUAAGACGGUACCCUAAAAUGUCUCGUAGCUCGACACAGAAAUUAUUUUAGACAUUACACGACGAGGAGAUGUUUUAUGUGAUAUAAUACUGUAGAUCGGUACAAAAAUAAUUUAUUAAAAACAAUAAUAAUAAUACAGAAGUAGAGCGCUCGUGUGAAUUCAAUGUUGACACUGCAGCGUUUGAAAUGAGCCCAAAAUGGAGGUUUUAGGUCAACUGUAACACCAAACACCACCAGGGGGCGCCCUUGGAUCAUGUUUGAUUUAAAUUUAGAUUUUAAAUGCUGAUACUGCAACCAAAGGGGUGAAUUGGUCUUUGUUUUUUGUUUUUUUCAUGUAUGAAAACUGAAAAAAAUUGAAUUAAAACGAUUAGUUUUAAAAUA